AUGAACACUUUUCUCCAGCUCGCCUCGCUCGGGGCUCUGGCCUUGAUUCCAACCGUGGCAUGUGAAACCAAUACAAAUACAAAGCUAUGCGUCGAACUCGAGGUUCCCGUCCCCGUCAAUGCGACCAACCAGCUCUUUGACCAGCCCCGAGUUGACAGCACCAUCGACGCCAUCGACUGGACUGUGUGGGUUUCCACACGGACUACUCCCCCAGCUAGGGACCGUGUCAUUCGUAAUAUUACUAUCAGCGAGACAUUCAAGAUCAAUGCCCAGCUGUGCGUCACAUCGGACAAGGGCCCCAAAGCGGAUAUUUUGCAGAUUGCCACCCCAGGUCUUGGCUUUGAUAAACGAUACUUUGACGCGGAGCUUCAACCCGACGAGUACUCUUACGUUAAUGCUGCCCUGAAGAAGGGUUACUCGAUCCUUACCUACGACCGACUCGGCACUGGCAAAUCCCAAAAACCAGACGCCUACGAGAUAGUUCAGAUCCCAACGGAGGUUGAGAUCUUGGCGAGCCUGACAAAGAUUGCACGUAGUGGAAAGCUGAUCAGCUCAUCCAAGGUGCUGUCCACCGGCUCCAGAACCACCGUUUCUGACUUCGUGCCCUCCAAGGUUGUCCAAAUUGGGUACUCUUUCGGCUCGUUCCUCAUUCAAAAUGUGCUUGGUCGAUAUCCUGAUCUCGCCGAUGGCGCCGUACUGACAGCCCUUUACCCCAAUACUAUUCCGUUUGAUAAGAUGAUUGACGUCUUGCACUACGACCACGAGUUUCCCAAGGAGAAUGACCCCGCCCGUUUUAGUGAAUACGGCUCGGGCUACUUUGUCCUUUCAAACGAGGCCGAUCUUCAGAAGUUGUUCUUUCAGAAGAGAAGUUUGGACCCAGCACUGUUGACCUAUACCGAAAAGAUCAAGCAACCGGAGACUUUGGGUGAGUAUGCCUCUGAAGGGUUGAGUUCAUACGUGGUCGCGGAUGGUUUCAAGGGCCCAGUUCAGUUCUUCAUUGGCGAGUUUGACAAUUUUGUCUGCAGAGGCGACUGCAGGGACAUCUACGAUCAGACGGAAGCGGACAGGAUCUUCCCUCACUCAAACCCCACUUACUAUCUGCAGCCCAACACUGGUCACGCGCCGGGACUGUCGAAGAAUGCGUCUGCUGGAUAUGAGGUUAUGCUUCAGUUCUUGAAUUCUCAUAGCCUCUAA